AUGAACCAGACUCUGAACAGCAGCAAGACCCCACAGCCAACCCUGAACAGCACCAGGACAGAUGUGUUGAAAGCAGCCUACUUCAUGUUCAGCGCCCUGACCAUGCUUACCUGCGUGUGUGGGAUGGUGGGCAACAGUCUGGUCAUCUGGCUGCUGGGCUUCCGCGUGCGGAAGACUCCCUUCUGCAUCUACGUCCUCAACCUGGCGGUGGCUGACCUCCUCUUCCUCCUCUGCAUGACCUCAGUGAUAAGUCUAGAAAUCAUCUUCCAGGAUGUAAUGAGUCCAGAAAUCAUCUUCCAGGACAAGAGGGUCAAGGCCUUAGAGGUGAUGAGAAGGGUGAAGUACUUUGCAUACAUGGCGGGCCUGAGCCUGCUGACGGCCAUCAGCACUCAGCGCUGCCUCUCCGUCCUCUUCCCCAUCUGGUACAGGUGUCACCGGCCGCGACAUCUGUCGACAGUGCUGUGCGCCCUGCCCUGGAUGCUGUCCCUCCUGAUGAACACGCUGGCCUCCUUCUUCUGCAGCCAGUUUAGGAAUCAUAAUGAUCAUCAGUGCUUAAUUGUGGAUGUUGUCUUGAGCAUCCUCAUUCUGGGAAUCUUCACACCUGUGAUGACGCUGUCUAGCGUGAUCCUCUUUGUCCGGGUCCAGAGAAGCGCCCAGCUGUGGCACCGCAGACCCUCGAGGUUGCUUGUGGUCAUCUUGGUCUCAGUCCUGGUGUUCCUGGUCUGCUCCCUGCCCCUCGGCAUCUAUUGGUUCAUCCUCUUCUGGGUAAACCUGCGUUCUCAGAUAGAGACCCUGUAUGUCAGCAUGUCGCGCCUAUCCUCGUCCCUGGGCAGCAGCGCCAACCCCAUCAUCUACUUCCUGGUGGGCAGACAGAGGAGCUGGAGCAUGCGGGAGCCCCUGGGGGCUGUACUCAGCAGAGUGCUGCGGGAGGAGCCGGAGCUGGAGGGCCAGGAGAUGUCAUCGAUGGGCACCAAUGAGGUGGGGUCCUGA